GUUCGAAGUAUACGAUAACGUACGCCUGGAUAAUGAUAACUUUUAAACUGACAACAUAUGAAUGUCACAUGCACCGAACAUAACGAGCGUGCAAGUGAAGUUAUAUUUAGGCUCAAGCUAAUGCUAGCAGUAGCAUGCUAGCAUCUAGCAGACUAUUAUCCAUAACAAUGCAGGUACUGGUAGCUAGCUAAGCAUAUUCCAUAACUUGCACGUUUUCUGUGCAAUAAGAUAGGUAACGAAAGCUUAUUUACAACUGUUUAUUUAGCUAGCUCUUUUAGCGGGCAUACAUUUACAGUGCAACACCAAAGUCGCUCAAUGUUUUUGUUGUUGAGGAAACAGAAGGCAGUGGAGCAGCAGUAGUUGUUAGCUACCUAGCUACUUAAUUACUCGUUAAGGUUAACAGCUACUACUAGCUAGGUAGCUAACACAUCUACGCAGAAGAUAACUUGAUAGAAAUGUCUUUCAUUUGUCCGUCUGGAUUGUGCUUGUAAUUUAUGCCUGGAAAACGAUGUAGUCAUAGUUAUCUACAGUAGGUAACGUUAGCUAACGUUGACGCAAAUGCUCAGGUCUGCAAACGUUAACUAGCUAACGUAGCCAACUCACGUCUCACAAUGGCUAACUAGCUGUCCACUUGUGACAUGCUAUAAUUGACUUACAAAGCUCCCUCACAUACCGCUAUCUCAUGCAGUAGCUAAAUCCGUAUUAACAGUGUGAAAAUGCGUUCUUGUUGCAUGUGCCAAUACUGACUACACAGGAAAUCGUUGUUGUGCAUGGGCCAGGUGAAUAGUUGUGGCACUAAUUUUAAUUUCAUGUGUUUUCCAGCUACUGAAAAGUCAUAUGUCUCAUUUGAAGCAUAGCCUUUGAUAUUUAGCUAGAUAUUGGUGCAGGAAGCUCUCUGAUGUUCAGCCAUGGAUGAAGAAGACAACCAGGAUGAGCUGAUCAACCGGAAUGCCUCACACAGAAAAGAUAAAAGGACUGCAGUAUGGGCAAUCUCAGAUGAAGACAGCGAUGAAGGUGGGGAGGAAUCUGAGGGAGCUUCUGACAGUGGUGAGGAGGAGGAAGACCUCGAUGGAGAGGAGGAGGAGGAAGAAGAGGAGGAUGACAGUGAUGAUGGAGAAGAGGACGACGUGGUAGAGGGUGCGGUGGGGGGAGCGUCUACUGACUUGGCAGGUCUGAGCUCAGACGAGGACACUGAGAAAUGCCCCAUCUGCCUAAACUCCUUCCACAGCCAGCCCGUGGCCACGCCAGAGAGCUGCGAACACUACUUCUGCCUCGACUGCAUCCUGGAGUGGUCCAAGAAUGCAAACUCCUGUCCUGUGGACAGAAUAGUCUUCAAUAACAUCUACCUGAGAAAAUGUUAUGGAGGGAAAGUGCAGAAAAUGAUCACAGUGCAGAAACCAGUGAAGGAGGGCCAGGAGGAGGUGAUCGACCUGGAGCUGGAACAGACUAGCUGCGAGGUGUGUGGAGGGAGUGACCGUGAAGACCGCCUGCUGCUCUGUGACGGCUGUGAUGCUGGGUACCACAUGGAGUGCCUGACCCCCCCGCUGGAUGCUGUCCCUGUGGAGGAAUGGUUCUGCCCAGAGUGUCAAGCCAACAACCGCCGUUCAAGGGGUUCAGUGGAAGAGCAGAGCAACACGGAGAGGCUGAGCAGCGCCCGUCCCACAACCAGUCGCUCCCGGCUCCCUGCGGCAGGCCCCACCCGGGCCAUUGCCCGCACCCAGCAGAGUGAGAGGGUCCGCGCCAGUGUCAACCACCACCGCAUCACCCAGGCACGCAUUGCACAGAUCUCCCCCAGCUUUCUGAUGCCACAGACCACCUGGCUGGAUGAGACUAUCAAUGCAGUGGUGGCUGGACUCAACACAGCUGUGUACAUACGGAACCUCACACCCCGCGUUCCAUCCAGUCGACGACGCAGGACAGUAAAGCGCAGGAAAGGCCAGAGUAAGCGGUCUGCCACGGGUGGUAAGGGCAAAGCUGCAGGCACCGGGGUGAGGAGGAGGAAACGGCGAGUGAGAAGGACCAAGUCCAGAAGGAAACUGGUGGUGAAAAAGGAAGCUACGUCACGUGGUCGUAUAGCCCGUAGCCUCGGGAUAGGGAAGCCCAAACGGGGCUCGUCCCUUCCCUCUGUGUACCAACCUUCAGAAACCACUCUGGGCAGUAUGAGGGCUGACAUAGGAGCUGCUUCGCUCUCUGUCUAUGGAGACCCCUACGAUCUGGACCCCUUCACUAGCAGGGAUGAUGAUGAGGAGGAGCAAGCCUCGGCCACGUCAUCACUGCUGGAGGCCAAGAGGCGUGGCUUAUCUCGCUCCGCACUCCUCUCACACCAGCCUGUGGCUCGACCAAUCACUGCUGGCCUCUCUAGGUGGGGCUCGAGCCUUCCCCAGUUGGAGGAGGUCGCAGAGGUGGCCCCAGUGCCUGACCUGCUGGGCAGCAUCCUAUCAGGGCAGAGCAUGCUUCUGAUGGACAGCUCAGACGUAGUCAUUAACAGAGAUGGAUCCCUCAAGGCUAUCAAACCAGUGGGUUUGUCAUCAUCCAUGCCCAGCAGCAGUAGGAGCAGCAGCUCUGGUGAAUCAGUAAUCCAGCUCCACUCAGAGAUGUCCCCUACCACAGCAGCCAGCUCCCUUUGUCUCCCCAUUAAUGGAGACCUGGUAGCAGGACCCUGCCUGUCCCCUCUCACCCCUUCAUCCCCCCACUCGGCCACUUAUCCAACUCCCAUCCUGAGUCACCCACACGUCCCUGCCCCCUGUAGACCUAGUCCUGGACACAGCCACUGGGAGGACACCGGUGUACUACCCCCCCAUGGGACCCAGAGGGCUGCCACCUCCACUCCUACCCCAGACUCUCACUCCAGAGGUAGUAGGGAGAAUGUGCCACCACAGCCCCAGGCUAAGAAGGCCGCUGCUAAACCAGUAUGGGAAGCACCAGUAUUGGUGACGAAUGGCAAUGCCAGCAGAGGGGGUAGUAGUGGUAGUAGUAGUAGCAGUGCUAAUGGUAGUGGUAGUAAUAGCUUGCCUGAUGCCUGUGUGAACAGCCUGGGUGGGAACAGGGGCAGGCAGCAAAGUGUGGACCAGCAGCAGGGCAGGACAGAGGGACAGAGACCAGACAGAGCAGGCCCUUCCUCAGCCUUCUCCAGCUCCUUCUCCUCUUCGUUCUCCUCUUCUGAUUCUCCAUCUAACCCUGCCCGUACCUCUUCAUCAGCAUCAUCCACGGUGUGCUUUCGGAUCAACGCCAGCUCUGUCUGGCACGCCAGAAAGCUUAGCAACGCUUCUGCAAUUGUUGCAGCUGGAAACUGUCUAGAACCAGCGUCUCCGGAGGAAGAGGAGGCAAAGAGGAAAAGAGAGGAGCGCAGGAAGAAACAGAAUCUACUGACGUCCUCACACACACCGGUCAAAGAGGAGAAGGAAGAGGGGGAUAUAUACGAUCCCUUCCAUCCAACUGGCUCAGACAGCGAAGCAGAGAGCCAUGCUGGGGGGAAACCAACCAUGGUGCACAAGGAAGGUCCCAGCCAGCAGGUGAAGGAAGGUCCCAGCCAGCAGGUGAAGGAAGGUCCCAGCCAGCAGGUGAAGGAAGGUCCCAGCCAUCAGGUGAAGGAAGGUCCCAGCCAUCAGGUGAAGGAAGGUCCCAGCCAUCAGGUGAAGGAAGGUCCCAGCCAUCAGGUGAAGGAAGGUCCCAGCCAUCAGGUGAAGGAAGGUCCCAGCCAUCAGGUGAAGGAAGGUCCCAGCCAGCAGGUGAAGGAAGGUCCCAGCCAGCAGGUGAAGGAAGGUCCCAGCCAGCAGGUGAAGGAAGGUCCCAGCCAGCAGGUGAAGGAAGGUCCCAGCCAGCAGGUGAAGGAAGGUCCCAGCCAGCAGGUGAAGGAAGGUCCCAGCCAGCAGGUGAAGGAAGGUGCCAGCCAGCAGGUGAAGGAAGGUGCCAGCCAGCAGGUGAAGGAAGGUGCCAGCCAGCAGGUGAAGGAAGGUGCCAGCCAGCAGGUGAAGGAAGGUGCCAGCCAGCAGGUGAAGGAAGGUGCCAGCCAGCAGGUGAAGGAAGGUGCCAGCCAGCAGGUGAAAGCCCUGUCACUGGAGAGGAAUGCGGGCUCAGGAGAAGGUCUGGAGGUGAAGAGGGAGCCAGAGAACACUGCAAAGCCUAGUCACAGCCCUCACAACCCACCCAGGUCUGUGAUGACUGGCACCAGCACACCUCUGUCCCAGAGCCAGGUCCAUCUGAAGAGGGAGAGGAAUGAGCCAGGCAGUGAGAAAGGGCAGCACAGCCAGACUGGCAACAGUAGAGAGACCCAGAACCAGCAUACUACUCCUUCUUUAUCCAGCUUAGCCUCCAGCCACCACAGAAACAGGAUGGUGAAGACUGAGAUAAAGUCAGAGCCCCAGGACAGCCCCCCCAGGUCCCCAUCCAGGUCUAAAUCAUACUCCAGGCCCCCAGGCCAGGGGAGGAAAACGUCCAAAGGCAGGGGGUCUUCCAUGGAGCGGCGGUCUGCCUCAAACAGUCCAGAGGCAGGCAGGAGGAGGGGAGACAAGGCCCCGGACCAGGCAAGGAGGAAGAGACGUUAUGAGGGGGGUAGGAGAGGAGACAAGGGGCGAGAGAGUUCUAGGCGUUCGGGAUCGAGGGAGAGGAGAAGGACUCGGUCCCGGUCAGACAGCUCUAAUUCUGAUAUCUCUGAGAGGUCUCGCAGGAAGAAGAGACGGUCACGUUCUCCCUCCAAAGACAGGAGGCGCUCCAGGUCAUGGUCAGACUCCAGCAGUAGAGAGCGGUCCAAGAGGAAAAAGCAGAGGAGGGGGAGCAGGGAGAGGAACGAGGGCAGAGGGAGUGAAAGAGAGAAGGGUCGCCCGUCAAAGGACAAGAAGCGUGAUUACUCGCAGUCUCGCUCGCGUUCCCGUUCCAGGUCCAGGGAGAGGAGGAAAGACCACUUUCGAUCACAACCAUCAUCCUCCAGAUCAAAGGACAGGGUUGAGGUGCGGUCGAAAGACCGGAAGAGGCCGAAGUCCAGGUCGCGAUCCAGAGAGAGGAGGAAAGAAGAGGGGUCACAGAGACCACUAGGGUCUUCCUCAACCACCACCUUCAAUAAGCUAGAAGAACAGAAAGAGAAGAAAAAGGUACAAGUUCUCCCCCGCGUCCCUCUGAAAGAGGAGAGCGAGACUAAAGAAGAGAGAAAAGAGCGAGAGAUCAAACAGCAGAUGCUUUCCUCAGGACUCAAAUCUCUCUCUGUCCUCUCUGCCUCAGAGGUGAAAAAGGAGAGUGACAGCAAUGACAGAACAGAGAGACUUGCCUCUCUCUCAACAAAACUACUCAAUGAGUCUAUGCUGCUAAAAGAGAUUAAAAAAGAGAAACCUGCCUUUGAUAUGUUGGAAGAAUCACUGGAUAGUAAACCAAUCAAAAAAGAGAAACCUGUGUCAACAUUCAGCACAGUCAAGGACUUACAACAGCACAAGGAGAUCGAAAAAGAACACCCUUCCGCCCUCAUAAAGGAGGAGUGCGCAGUCUCCACAUCAGACAUAGCAGAUCAAAAAGAUCAGGCGUUAAAGGAAACCAUCACAACUGAGCCCAUCUGGCCUGAGCUGCCUCAACACCUAACCUCCAACAUCCCUGUUCCCCCCACCCAAACUGGCCAAUCCAGCCCAAGCUUCUCAACACUCAGCACACACCUGGUCCUUGCUCCUCCUCAGGCUGCUGAGAGUAUAGCCAGCCAGCAGGGGACCCCAUCCCUGAUUCCUCCUGUACCAGAGGCCCUCACAGAGACUCCUCCACUAGUCCAACCCAUCUCAGUGAACCCAGAGAAGCACGAGUUAGAGGAGCCUUCAGACGAUGACAUGGACGUGGACAUGAUGCUGGACAGCCUGGACUAUGUGAAGACGGAGCCAGGAGGAGAGAGUGGCGAGGCUGGGGUCAAACAGGAGAAGGAAGGAGAGGGGGAGAAGGGGAAGACUGGGGGAGAACUGGUGCCAGUCACAGCAGGUACCAAGGUCAAACCCUCGGUGAAGAGGGUCACCUGGAACCUGCAGGAGCCAGAGGGGCCACAGCCAGAGAAGACUGGCACUAAGCUGUCCCUCUACAAACUGAAGCUGAAACAGGAGGGAGCUCGCAGACCUGCCUCUUCCGCCCAGGCAUCCAGUCAGGAGGCUCCCUUGGGGGCUACGUCACUCACUGACCCCAAGGUCCAGAGCACCAAGAGGGGCAGUGUGUCCAUAACGCUCCCUAGUGCCAUUUCCAGCUCCAGCAGCCUAACCAACGUAGCACUGUCUAAACCUGGGCAGGAGGAACCCAACGAAGACCUGGGAGAGGAUGAUGUUUCUAGGAACGAUAAGUACAUAAAGAAGCUCCACAUGCAGGAGAGAGCCAUAGAGGAGGUGAAGCUGGCUAUAAAGCCGUUCUACCAGAAGAGAGACAUCACUAAGGACGAAUACAAGGAUAUCGUACGCAAGGCUGUCCAGAAGGUCUGCCAUAGUAAGAGCGGGGCGAUCAACCCAGUAAAAGUGGCCAACCUGGUCAAAGCCUACGUGGAUAAAUACAAACACUCCAGGAAACACAGGAAAGUAGAGGAUGGAGGGAAGACACAGGAGGCAGAAAUGGAUAGAACAAAUGACCCAGAGACUCCAUGAGGACCCCGCAUUCAUCCACACGCCCUGGAGACUCAGCUAUUUUCACACUAAUUUGAUUAUUUCUGUUAUCAAAUUGUCACAGGUUGUUAGGGGACUCAAGGACUUUGAGAAAUACUGCCUCCAGAUUGGCUAUUUUAUUCAUUGUUUUUGGGGAUUAUAAAGUUGUUACAUUAUGUUCAUAGUAAUUCACCAUCUCACAAAAUAAUGGAAGAGCCUUUUCGUUGAAAGAUGUGGAAAUAACUUAGUGGACCCAAUGUGGUCUUGCACUUUGAUUACCACUGACUGACAAGCAUUUGUUUUUGAAUUGGAUUUGUUUCAAGAUUCACACAAGGCCAGACCAUCUCCAUGCACUUUGUUUUCAUGGUCUAGCAUGGUCUACUCUUGGAGAGGUUCCCACAGAGAUUCUGUCUUAAACGGACAGCUCUGUCAAAUAGCCUUUCCACCAAGAGAGGUUGAGGAAUAAUGUGAAUGAGCUUUUUCUACAGGCAAAAUGUCUGACAAGAAGCAGUGCUGACUUUUAUUUUUUAAAUGGUGUCUUUUGUAUGGGAGAGGGUUGUUUAUCUGUGGCAUGAGUCCUAAUUCUGUGGUGUCAACGUUUAAUGCUGUCAUUGACAUAUUAGAAGAAGAAAAUAAUGCCACAGUGCAGAAAAAUACAUGUAUGCAAAUUUGUAGAGUAGGAAAGUUAUUUCUGAUUUUAGAUUUGGUGUAAAUCUAGAUUUUGGAUUCACUAUGUAUGCCCUUCCAGUUCAGUUAGCUUCCUACUGAGUAUUCACAAAUGUAUACUGUGAAUGGUUCUGGAUGAAGUUUGUUGUUUUUGUGAAUGUCUCUGUGCUAUGGGAUGGGGGUCCGAUGGAGUGCUUGUUGGCAAACGGUACAGUUAGGCUCUUAAGUUGACCAGUUUCUCACAGCAGGAAAAUAGUCUUGUAGCAACAGGAAAUUUGAAUUAUAAUUAAAUACCAUUUUUGUAGGGGUUGAUACAUUUUUAGUUGGGGCAAAUCAAGCCUGAAAUUUUAAAGUGGAAAUAUCAAACUUUAGAAGCAUUUUUAAACCACGAAUACUCUGCAUGUUUGCAUUUCCUGCUGUGCCUUGAAAUGUCCUGCAACAACAGGGUGAUCAAGUUAAGAUCCUACAUCUGUAUGUGACUACACAUAGUGGCUGUCUUGAGUGGUGUUCAGAUUGAGUCAACGCUCCUCUGGUGUCUCUUGGCAGAAUACCUGAGAUAACACAACUCAGACUUCCCAUAAAACAUGGUUGUUGAUGAAGUUUCUGUUAUGUGUGCAUUUUCUCAAAUUCAGACUAGGCCCAAAGUGUCUACUGGUUUGAAUUCUAAUUUUACUUCAGCUAUUGACUAAGACAUAGGAAACUAGGUGAGACUUUAAUUAAUCAAUUGACAAGUAAUUUGCCAAGGAGGAAUGAAAACUUGCAGCCCUGGGGGACAGGAGUUUAAUACGUUUUGAAGCUGAGUGAAUUCUGCACCUUCACCAUUCUUUUCUGUUAUUUCCGAGUCAAGUGGCUAGUCCUGUUGUGUAUUGGUAUCCUAAGCUAUAGCAUAAGACAAAGCAGACAAUGCCUGUCUUGCAGCUUAAUGUUGUUUGCAGUUAUUCACACUUGUUUAUGAACUCAACUAGUUGCUCACAUUUCCUUUGAAAGAUUGUCUGAUUCAAAAAGAAAAUGUUCCAAUUUGAAUAACAUUUGCAAAAACAAACUGAUUUUGUUUCGUUACUUACAAAUAUCAUUAUACUAGUCGUGGGGAGUGUGUGCAUGGUUAAAUAGCUAACAGUCCGUAGUCAGGGCCAGGAUGUUUUUGAUGACAACAUGACCUGACUAUAAAAAACACGAACGAAGGCCCAAUGUUUUUCCUAGUCAGGUGGCGUGGGUGGGAGAAACUGGCCCUUGUCAUACUGUAUGCAAUUCAUGUCAUCCUUAACACUGUUUCUCAUUGGAGGAGGUGGUUGGCUUCCUUCCUGCUAAUGAAUACUGCUGUCCACUGUGCCUCAAAACAGUUGGCCAUCUCAAUUUAUUUUCAGAUUCCUCUUAAUCUAUUCUAAAAUGUUCUAUGUAGAAAAAUGCUUGACACUGUCACCCGAUCUUUUCCUUCUUUGUAAUUGACGCGUCCAUACUGUGUGUGUUCAGUAGAACGGGGGGGUGGACCUGUCUCUUUGGCUAAGCUUGUCUUGUCCUGCACCUUGGACUUUACGAUAAAAAUGUCAAAUCAAUCCUGGAAUAUUAUCCUCUUGGCACUUCUGUAAACCUGAAAGGACUGGAUAAGUAUAUCAGAGGGCAACAUGGAGCUAUUAUUGAAUUGUGUAUGCUGUACCUAUCUGAUCCUUUCAGAUGUACUUGAAGUGUCCAGGGGUUGAUUGGAUUUGAGCAUGUACUGUACAUUUUUUCUCCCCUUAUUUACUUGACACUUAGGACAAGUGCUUCAAAAGGGGAACACAAAAUUACAACUAAGUGAAAUAAAAGUAAGAUUUGUCCCAAUUUA